GUGACGGUAUUAGUGGUGAAAAUAUAUCUUUACCAUUGCUAAAAAUAACAUAUAAAAUAGAUGAUACAAUUAAUUUUAUCUUUCCUGAUACCAUAUUAAACAAUCCAACUGCGUGUCAAAAACGAGCAAUUCUUAGUCUAUUAAAUGUAGAAGUAGAUUUGAUAAAUGAAA